UUUGGUCACAUGACCAGGCAGCGUCCAGCUGGGUAAUCAUGGCGGCUGUCUCUGGAUGUGAACGGCAGAUGUAGCGUUUUUCUCCGUAAACGAUGUCGUUUGAUCGGCGCGCCGGACUUUGAUACGGACGCCAGAGAGCGGAGGGACGGCAGCCCCACACGGGGGCAUGAAGAAGAGGAGGACGGACGCUCCUCUCCGAGGCGGCUGUAGCAUGAAGGCUCUGCAGGCUCCCCGGACACUGUGAUUACUGAGGAGGGCUUUUGUCAGCCAAGGCGCUGGAUGGCAUUUUUUUUUUUGUCGAGUUGAUAAUUUGUCUUUUUAAUUGGCGGAGCUCUUCUCGCAGAUGUUGAGCUAAUUUGGCGAUUAGAAUAGGUUCUUUGGAGCAGCUGCAUUGUUCAGUGGAGCAGCUUCACCUUAUUGAAGGUUUUACUACAGUGUGAUGAUGGCCAGUCUGAAUGGACUCUCUCUCUGCUGUCCACACACGGCUUUUCUAUGACUGUUUGUGCUUCUGCUGCUUCUCAUGCCUCCCUCAGUAAUAACACUAUGAUAGGCUCCCCAGAUGUGGUAGCUUUCACUAAAGAGGACGAAUAUGGGCAGACAAGUCAAGACCCUCUGGAUCUCCCGGAGGAGUUCUCCAUACCCCUCUACCCGCUGGCAGACUCCAAUCCCUGGGCCAAGACCUCCUACGCCAAGUUCACCAAAGACUUCAUCCUCAUCUCGGAGUUCUCAGAGCAGGUGGGCCCCCAGCCUCUCCUCACCAUCCCAGGUGAUCCCAAAGUCUGUGGCACCUUCGACCUCAAUUACUUCUCCCUGCGGAUCAUGUCCGUGGACUACCAGGCCUCCUUCGUGGGGCAUCCGCCUGGCAGCGGCUACCCGAGGCUCAGCUUUGUGGAGGACUCCAGGGUUGUCCUGGGAGACUCGAAGGAGGGAGCGUUCGCAUACGUCCAUCACUUCACCCUGUACGACCUGGAGGCGCGGGGCUUUGUGCGGCCGUUCUGCAUGGCGUACGUAGCAGCAGACGAGAAGAAAAUCAUGCUCCAGUUUCAGGAGCUGUCCCUCCGCUUCUCACAGGCCUCGGAGUGUCUGAAGGCCGGGAACAGACGAGCAUUCGCCAAGGAACUCCAGAGGAAGCUCCAGGACCUGGAGUACACCCACUCUGUGCUGCAGCGGGAGGAGGGCCUGCAGAGAGAGGCGGGGCCUCAGUGUGUUUACUCUGCCCAUGCUGUAGAAAAGGCCAAUGAGCUGGCCAAUGUGGAGAAGAGCAUUUACGAGCACAGAGACCUUCUGAAGCAGAUCAGUGCCUACCAUAGGCGACCACGGCGGGAUCCGCACGCCGUCUCGUGCCAGAAGUGCAUGACCGAGUGCUUGAGAGAGUGUGAGGAGCUGUUGGACAAAUACGCCAAGCUGGCAAAUCCCCUCGGUUACAGCCAAAGGGUCCCCAAAGGAGAAGGCGACGAGAUUCAAUCCGAUGAAAACAGAGGGGAAGAAGAGGUGUAUGAAGACGAUGACGAGGGUAUUAAACGCAGGCCAUCAUACACGCCACAGCUGAUCAAAGCCAAGUCUGCAAAGUGUUUUGACAAACGCCUGAAGACCUUGCAAGAACUGUGCGAGGAGAAUUUCUACGAGGCCGCCAUGGAGCUUCUGAAGGAGACGGAGAGGAGUUUCCGCGGCGACCUGUGUUACCUCUACACUCGCCGCCUGGACAAGGCACUGCGCAGGAAGCAGAAAAUUGUCAACUUCCUGUUUGAGGCAGAUCUCAUUGAUGACGUUGAGGAUGAAGCUGAGACACUGAGACCAUUCUGCGCUGUGAAUCAUGCCAUGGACAACUACAUGCACUUGAAUCCACCUCAUAUCGUCCUGGGGUCAGAGGCUCUUGAGCUUGAUGGAUUAAAACCUCAAGGUCCGCUAGGCCUGGCUUGUGAAGCCGCCACUACUCAGGAGCUUGGACUUCUGGGAAGCCAUCUGGACUCCUCUCCCUCAGACCAGACCUUGGAGACACAGGAGAGCUCAGAAGGGACCAAAGAAAGCUUUAGCAGCGAUAAAAGUGGAACAGAUCAAACUGAGAAGCAAGAGAGUCUUGCGAGUAUAAAUACAGAAGGUCCUGAUCCGGACUCUGACUUGACACCAGAACCCGACCAAAACACCUACCCAGAGAGGGAAAGCAGUAGUGAGGACAUGGAGACCACUGCUGGGGAGGAUGACUGUGAUACCGGACAAGACCAGACCCCCGUGUCUUUGCUGGAAGUCGUGUCCGAACUGGAGGCCAGAAAGGAUGACGGGUGUGAGAUGGGAACGCACUCGGAGCUGCUGGUUCCCAUGGAUACAGCUUGCUGUAUGGCCCAAGAGGGUUUCCUCUAUGAGGCAGCUGACCCUGAUGCUGUGCCUUACCUGAGUCCAAACUCUACCCUGAAUCCCUCUAAGGUUCUGGUGGUCAACCAGGAGCCCCACGCCCUUCAUCCCGUCCAGGAUGAGUACACAGUGGGUUCCCCGUGCUCAGAAGGUCCACCAGCAGGGCUGGAGCUUCCCGUGGGCGUCUUUGGAGACGCAGCUUCUCGUAGCUCCAUGGAGGACGGGUCGGACUGUACCAUGAGUGCUUCCACGGGCUCCGACCGGGCCGCCUCGCCGCUUGGCUACGGGGGGUCAGUGACCCUCCAUCAGAGGAAAAAAGCUGGACAAGGCGCUUUGAGGUUCGUGCGCCAGUACUCUUUUGCAAUGCAAGCUCUGUGGUGUCUGCUGAGUGGCAGGACGCUGGUGGUGCUCGGGGCGGACGAGGGGAGAGUCCGCCGCCUCGUGUCUGCUCUGGCGCUCUUCGUACCCAACCCUGGCAAGAGUGGAGAGAGGGUCCAACCCUGGCUGUCCUGUCCCUUCACCCUCGUCGACCUUCACAGGUGGAAACUUAUUGGGCUGCAAAGGGUUGCUUCUCCCACCGGCUCCAGCGCCCUCUACUCCUUGUCCCGCUACAGCCGCUACAUCUCCAUCCUGGAUGCCGACAUGAAGACCCUGCGCUGCCCUCAGUACCGCGGCCAGCUCCUCGCCAACAUGGCUGACCACCGCACCUACAUCCGCCGUGGCUCCACCUACUUCCUCCACCUGCAGAGCGUGCUCUGCCGCCUGGCGGCCAGGGCGUUCCUGCUCACCUUCACGCACCACCUCCACCUGCCGGUCAGCCCCACGGAGGGGCCCGAGGCGGUGGAGGCCCGGCGGCGGGGCUUCCUCCAGGAGCAGCUGGGGCUGGACGAGGAGGACGGCCAGAUCCUGCUCUACCUCAGCCGGCUCAUCGCUCAGCGGUACCUGCAGCCCGCUAACAGCGACGACUGCGCAGCCGUACCGUGUUUUAGUUUUAACUACAUCACCAGCGUUUUAUAUAAAAUCUGAUUCCCCGAGUGGAAGGGGUGCAGCUGGAUCCUUUCCAACACCUCACAGCUGAAAUCAACGCUGAUACUUUGGGUUCAUUCGGACCAGGAGUGAUCUACAUAAGAUCAAAAUCUCUGCACUGAUUUGUUUUUCUCCAUGUUGAACUCUGUCUGCCUCACUGUGCAUCUCUGUGAUCUCACACCUUCCUCUGGUGGCAGAGAAACCAGAGCUGAAUGUCUCUGCCGACUCUUCUCGACACUU